CCACGAAAAUGCGGGGGCGUCCAGACGAGAGCAUAUAAUCGACGUCGCGACGCCGCCGAGGCACAGACGCCGCUCCACCUCUGUCCCGUGCACGAGCGUUGAAAUCGAAGAAAAACAACAAUGUGUGACGACGAAGUAGCUGCCCUGGUCGUAGACAAUGGCUCCGGCAUGUGCAAAGCCGGCUUCGCCGGAGACGACGCGCCUCGCGCCGUCUUCCCCUCGAUCGUCGGUCGACCUCGCCAUCAGGGAGUGAUGGUCGGUAUGGGUCAGAAGGACAGCUACGUGGGCGACGAAGCCCAGAGCAAGAGAGGUAUCCUGACUCUGAAAUAUCCGAUCGAGCACGGUAUCAUCACCAAUUGGGAUGACAUGGAGAAGAUCUGGCAUCACACCUUCUACAACGAAUUGCGUGUCGCUCCAGAGGAACACCCUGUUCUCCUCACCGAAGCGCCUCUCAACCCGAAAGCUAACCGCGAAAAGAUGACGCAGAUCAUGUUCGAAACCUUCAACAGCCCGGCCAUGUACGUCGCCAUCCAGGCCGUUCUUUCCCUGUACGCUUCCGGUCGUACCACCGGUAUCGUCCUGGACUCCGGUGACGGUGUCUCCCACACCGUACCAAUCUACGAGGGUUACGCCCUUCCCCACGCCAUCCUCCGUCUGGACUUGGCCGGUCGCGAUCUUACCGACUAUCUCAUGAAGAUCCUCACCGAGAGAGGCUACAGCUUCACCACCACGGCUGAGCGAGAAAUUGUUCGCACCGUCUACAACUCCAUCAUGAAGUGCGACGUCGACAUCCGUAAGGAUCUCUACGCCAACAAUGUCCUCUCCGGUGGUACCACCAUGUAUCCCGGUAUCGCCGAUCGUAUGCAGAAGGAAAUCACCGCCCUCGCGCCCUCGACCAUCAAGAUCAAGAUCAUCGCUCCCCCCGAGAGGAAGUACUCCGUAUGGAUCGGUGGUUCCAUCCUGGCUUCCCUGUCCACCUUCCAGCAGAUGUGGAUCUCCAAACAGGAGUACGACGAAUCUGGCCCCGGCAUCGUCCACCGCAAGUGCUUCUAAGCAAUUACGCUCGAUGCUAUUCACUAUUAUUAUUGUUAUUAUUGCUACACCUUUCCCUAAGAUGUACCGUUCACUGCCGCAUCGCUUCGUCUAGUUGGGUCUCCGUUAGUCGAAUACUAUUAUCGUUACUAUUGGUCCGUGGCGGCGAGUCUUUUACCAACGACUAUCAUACGAGCAUAUACGUCAUCUUUUGUAUAUAAGUUUACGUCUAUGGAAUAAAUCAAUCUUAUAUUCUCUCUUACA